UUUCCACUUGUUACGCUGUGGUGGAGUCAGGAGGAAGAAAACUGGGGGAGGAGGAGGUAACAGAGAGCAACAAAGAAAGGGAACUCCAGAGAGAGAAAAAGCUUACUUAACUUCAACCUAAGUUGAGAUAAAGGCAUCCAGAGUGAAUCACAGGUUGGGCACAGAGCUGUCUCCGUUUCUUCCAGUAGCAUAAUGGCUUCAGUCGUUUUUAAAAAGGACACAGGUAUUGUAUGCCUCCUCCUAUCAGGAUUUCUGCUGCCUUCAGUAUUUGUGUCUGGGCAAACCACAGCUGCAGACAUGAGCACAACUUCUUCCACUACUGACCCAGCAUCAAUGACAACUGCCUCCACCAUGAAUACCACCACUUCUGCAGCAAACCUCACCAUGACCAUUUCAACAGCAACCUCAAAUACCAACCAGGCUGCUAGCAUGACUAGUAGCAGUUCAGCAGCUACCCUUACUCAGAGCACCAUGUCCACCACUUAUGGAGGUACUGUAAUGUCUACUGCCAUCCAGUCUCCUUCAACCAACUCAGAUUCAGUAUCUCAAAACACCCACUCUACAUCAACCACCUCUGGAGGCCCAACAUCAGUAAGCACCCACUCUCCUUCAACCACCUCUGGAGGUCCAUCAUCACAUAGAACCCACUCUGCCUCAAGCACCUCCGGAGGUUCCUCAUCAUUCAGCACCCACUCUCCUUCAACCACCUCUGGAGGUCCAUCAUCACAUAGAACCCACUCUGCCUCAAGCACCUCCGGAGGUUCCUCAUCAUUCAGCACCCACUCUCCUUCAACCACCUCUGGAGGUCCAUCAUCACAUAGUACCCACUCUGCCUCAAGCACCUCCGGAGGUUCCUCAUCAUUCAGCACCCACUCUCCUUCAACCACCUCUGGAGGUCCAUCAUCACAUAGUACCCAUUCUGCCUCAAGCACCUCCGGAGGUUCCUCAUCAUCCGGCACCCAGUCAAUUUCAGCCACCUCAGAAGGUAAUAUGACUGAGGAAAAUAAAAACACCACAUCAAAUUCUUCAAUGGAAAUGAUAAAUUGCCCUUCCUUCUCCUGCUAUUGCUCUGAUUGCUACUCAAAGUACAACAGUCAGAAUAAAUCUUAUUGUUCUGCUGGAGAAUCAUGUCAGCUGCUGAAAUCAAUGGACAUGUGGUACAAUGUGAGCUGCAGUGCCUCUUGUGUGGAAGAUUGGAACAACACCUCUCGCAACUGUUCUGUGAAUUGCUGUAAUUCCACUAGAUGCAUUAAAGACAUUUUUGCAUCCAUGAUGAUGAUGAUGACAACCACAGUAGCUGCAACCACAACAACAAACGCUCCGCCAACAACAAGAACAACCUCAACAACAGCAAACAAAGGAAACAAAUGUCACAAGGGUAGCUGUACUGGUGAAAACUGUUAUAAAAAUUUCAAGGAUCUUGAAACCUGUUCUUCUACAAACCCACACUGUCAGUUAAAAAAAGAGACCGCUAGCUCCGGCGUUGUUUGGACAGCAGGGUGCACCAAUUGCACUGGAUAUGCUGCCUGCACUGCCACCACAACCUCCCCAUGUAACCUGGAGUGCUGCACUGCCACCACAACCUCCUGCCUGAUUUUGAACGGCACACUGAAUGUCCCGUCUUUCGCCACAAGAGGUCCCUAUCUUCAUAUUGAGUUGAUUGCUUCCUUGGUUUGCCUGCUUGCAAUCACUCUGCUUCUGUGAGUGAGUGAGCAUGCAUUUGCUGUCCUCGCAUUUCUUUAUGCGUAUCUCGUUGGGGUUCAUCUGUAAUUGUAUGAAUAUGAAACUAUGAAAAAGUCUCAGUUUCAAUUGAUUGUGUGUCCUGUGUUUUGCACUUCCAGUUCACAUUCCUUUUUGUUUAAGCAUGGCUUUGAACUUAAUUGAGAGCAUCCACCACGGGGAACAUCAACCUAAUCCUAAUCCUCAGAUUUCAUUCUCAUAUAUAUUAAUAUAAAUUAUAUAAUAAAGACAAAUUUGAGUAAAUUAUGAGUAAUGACUUUUAGUAUUUAUAUGACCCAUAGCCUGUCAUUUGUACUUUGUCCAUUAAUUGGAAUUGAAAUAUUUGCACUGCCACACUUCAACUGCUUAAAGGGAAAAUAUAUUUUGGUCAGUGAGUGACCCUAAAGUAGGUACAGCACAGAUGAUUUAUGAUAUAAAAAGUUAUUUUUGGAAUAAUGCAGCUUUAACUUUAUUUGCACUUUAUGAAACCCAAAAGUUGGGCUGUCACAGGAAGUUGUUAAGGCAAUUCUUUUACACAUGUCCUUCUUGAAGUGUGCAAUUUAAUAUGCAGCAAGUUUUGUCUUAUAGUUUUCUGAUUUUUGACUUAAAUAUAUGUAAUGUGGGGGAUUACCAAUUAGAUAUAUUUUAUUUUCAAAUGGUGACAUGUAAAGGCUAAAGGAAAUCAGAAAUGUGUCAAUUUAUUUUAGCUUUGUGUACAGAAUAAUUUUGAUUGUGCUUAAAAUGAAAUAAAUGCAAUCUAUAUAUCUCAAAA